UUGAAUCCUUACUAUCAUGUCAUAAAAUGACAGAAAUUAUAAUAAAUCUUCAUCCUAAUCCAGAAAAACCCUACAAUCUAUUUUGACUGAAAUGUGAGAGUUGCUUGCAUCACCUACACAGAAUUGUCUUAAGGAUUCUCAGAUUUUGUGUUCUAAUUUGGGCAGCAUAGCAAAGAGAACGAGUUGUGAGCAGCAUCAGGAUACUUAAAACUUAACUUAGGUUUUUCUAUGGGGAAUGAAAUAGCAGCAGGUGAAAUUCGUCCACCCUGCACAGAAAAUUUUAAUAGAACUUUUUUAUUUAUUGAAAAGAUUUAUAUACUAAUUAAAAUAUAAAAAAAUAUACAACAUAGAACAGCAGGUAGAGGAGUCUGAAGAAAUCAACACAGACGGAAAAUAACAGGGUAAAAGCUCUUAUCUUGAGCAAAAACAAGUUACAGCAAGAAUAAAGAGAUGGAGAUGUUUGAUGGGAGUCCUCACUUCUUCAAAGUCAUGGUCGGAGACUUUGCCCACAGAUUGUCUAUUCCCCCUGCCUUCGCUCGAAAACUUAGAAGUGAGAUUGGAAAUGGACAGAAUGGGGUUUUGCAAGGUCCAAAGGGCAUGCGAUGGAAGGUCAAACUAUGUAGUACAAAUACUAGAAUUGAGUUUUUUGGCGCGGGUUGGGAAAUUUUUGUAUAUCAAAAUGCUAUAGAGUUUGGGGAUUUUCUAGUAUUUAAAUACAUCUGUGGGAUUUAUUUCAGAGUUCGGAUAUUUGGGAAAAAUGGGUCUGAAAAAGACAUCCCUAUUUUUCUUUCUGCGAAGAUUCAGAACAAUUGUGAUUCGCAGAAGAGAAGCCCUGAUCUUUCUACUACUAUUCUAAGGAGUUCUGAUCACUUGAUGGAUAGAGAAGUGUAUGUUGAUUUGAAAAGAAAAUCAAUAGCAGACAUCCCUGUUUUUCAUUCUGCGAAGAUUCAGAACGAUUGCAAUUCACGGAAGAGAAGCCCUGAUCUUUUGAGUUCUGAUCGCUUGAUGAACAGAAAAUUGCCUGUUGAUUUGAAAAGAAAAUCAACAGCAGAUGCUGAAAAUGAAGUGAAAAAACCCAAGCUGUCUUCUCUAUGUCAUCCUUCCGAGAGUCCUGAACGUUUACAUCCAUCUCUUACCGAAAAGGAACGUCAAAUAGUUAAAUCUGCGAAGACAAAAACUGAAAAGAAGGAAGGGAUAGAAUUUCAUUAUGUUUCUGGCAGACGACCUAUUAACACAACAGAAAAGGAAAAGGCCCUGGAGGCUGCCAAGUCUUUCGUAUCAGAAAAACCCUUUGGCUUAAUAAUUAUGAAGGAAACAAUGGUAUACCACAUGUUUAGGAUUAGAGCAUCAAAUGCAUUUAUAGAUAAAGUCAAAUUACCAAGAAGAAGUAGAGAAGUGACUCUUGUGGAUCCAAAAAAAAGGGAAUGGCAUGUACGAUUCCGUGGAGAUAUGUCUGAACCUGCCUUGAUUGAUGGAUGGAGAGAUUUUUCAGUUGCCAAUAAUCUUGAGGAAGGAGAUGCCUGCAUUUUUGAGCGGGUAGAUGAUAGCAAACACAAAAUUAAACUUAAUGUGCAUAUUUUCCCUGUUGUCAAAGAAUGUUAUCCUUACAAGUAUAUUAAAGGAAGAAAAAGGAAUGAUAGCCUUCCAUCAACUACAAAUAUGGAAGGGGAUACGGGAAAACCUAGUAAUGAAAGCAAAUUUAUUAAUCUGGAUAAACCAAAAUGUAAACCUUCCAUUUCAGAAAGAAAAGCAGGUUGUAGGCGUAGCCUGAGAUUAGCACAAGCAUGUCAUUUGUCCAAGUGUCCAAAGAAAGAGCUGUGGGAUGAAAUGAAUGUGGUGAUAUUGUCAUAAAGUGACUACUUCUCUAGAUGAUGUGAAUGGCAAUGAUGCUCUGAAGUAGUGCUAGAAGCUGUGCCAUGGUAAACUGAACAGAAGGGAGUUUGAACAGAAGGUUUUAUACUUUGUAUAAUUUCACAUAAAUGUACUUUUCAUUGGAAAUUCUUCAUUAUUUGCUCUUGUAUUAAAGUUUCCCUUUUAACUAAACAUUUCUCUCAUUUUAUCAGUCUAAUAUGCAUAGAGUGAUCGAAUACGAGGUAUAUCAAAAUUUGGCAUUUCAUCUUCUAUUUUUUAGGCUUGCAAUUAAAAGGAAAGACAGUUUUUGUAGUGACAGUCUGCAUUCCUUUAAUAAGGCGUACUCCAUAUAAAAAAGAAUCAGGAGCGCUCCUAGUUC